AUGAACACGGACGACCAGAACUGGGGAUCCAACAACAACGGCAACAACGGCUCCGGACGCUCGCCCGCACGGGACGGCGGCCGUGAAGGAAGAAAUGGCGACGCCCCGCGCCGCUCGAGCAGGAGCAGGAGCCCCGGAGCCACCCGUGGCGGGGAUGACAGAGGUCGUAAUGAAAGCAGUUCGAACCCUGGAAACAACUUGCACGUCUCUGGGUUGAGCCACAAAGUGGACACCCGGGACUUGGAAGCGGCAUUUGCUAAAAUUGGCAGGGUCAAGAAGGCUUCGGUGAUGUAUGAUCCACACACACGGGAGUCGCGUGGGUUUGGAUUUGUGACGAUGGAGAGUGCAGAGGAAGCCGAGGCUGCUGUGGCUGCUCUUAACGCUACUGAGCUCAUGGGCAAGAUUAUCAAUGUCGAAAAGGCACGCCGUGGACGAGCCAGGACACCCACUCCUGGAAGGUACUAUGGCCCUCCCAAGCGCAGUGACUUUGAACGUCCCUACGACCCCAGACCGUACGACAGCCGAUACUCCCGCGACUACGAUGAUCGUCGCGGCGGACGCGGAGGGGGCCGCGACGACUACCGUGGUGGAAGGGACUACGAUAGGCAUAGAUACGAUGACCGUGAUCGUGACCGCGACCGUGGCUACGGCCGAGACAGGUACGACGAUAGGAGACACUAA